CACCAGAGCAGAGCAAUGGCGAUCACCGCUGCCGCGCUCCGCAGCACCGCGCCUCUACGCUUCUCCGCCCCACUCCGCUACGCCUUACUGCUCCGCGCCGCCGUCCCGCUACCCGGCGCCGCUCCGCUCCGCCGCGCGGCCCGUUUCCAUGCCGCCGCUCCGCCCCACGGCCCUCACCUACCGGGAUCCAAACGUUUCGGGCGUCCGAGGGAUUGCUACCGGGUCAGUGGGCCACCGGAGACGGACGAGGGUUCGCAGAAGACGGGUGUGACCUUUGAGGACCUGGAGAAAAUGGAUAAGGAGGCUCUGAUGGAGUAUAUUAAGCAGGUUACCGCUGAGAGCAACACUCUCCUGGAGGAAUAUUGCAAGUACGAUCCAUCCUACAUGGACACGAAGGACGAGACCUCGGAUCUGUCAGGACGGCUUGAUACAUCACGUCAGUGAACAUCAGCAGGAGGAUCGGAUCAGUGAAUUUGCUGGUCGUCGGAAUGUUCAUCCUGACCAUGUACGAGGUGUUUGGAGAUAAGCUGUUUUAGGUCAUGAGGUUUACCCCAUGUGGACACUGGUAGGAUAGUUGUGACCUUCAGGAAGUUUCUUAUCCUCGGAUAGUGCAGGUUUUUGGGAACUCGUGAGCUGCUGGAGUUCUUUUAUCCGUGGAGAUAGGGUCAGACAUUGCAGUUUUUAGUCCUGGUAUAUACAUCGACUUGUAGCCCCCUCUCCCAUGGAUAGCUUGGGGUUCUUUUAUCGGUCUUAUAUAGUGUCGGUAGUAUUUGGUUCAGGUACGUGACAGAAAGUUGGAAACUCUUGUUCCCAUGUGGAU